UGAAUGAACAACUUGAAUUUUAAUUCGUAGAAAGGACAGUUCGAAUUUACAAAAAUAAGACGCCUUUAGCUUUUAUUUCUUAAAGUGUAUUAAUCGUAAUAGGAUAAAAUACGAGAAUAGAUUAGAGAAAUGUCCUGAUCGUAUGACCUAUAGAAAGCAGGCAUAUGAGAGCGGAGCAUCGUCGCCUUCUGAGUGGACAGAGAGAGACUGAUACAGGGAGAGAGAGAGAGAGAGAGAGAGAGAGAGAGAGAGAGAGAGAGAGAGAGAGAUGAUGAACGGAACGUCAGGGAAGAAGGUAGUGGACGUAGCAUUCAAGGCAGGGAAGACCAUCGAUUGGGAAGGCAUGGCUAAGCUUCUCGUCUCCGAUGAGGCUCGCAAGGAGUUCGCCACUCUCCGUCGUGCUUUCGAUGAAGUCAACACCUCUCUCCAGACCAAAUUCAGCCUGGAACCUGAACCCAUUGACUGGGAAUACUAUAGAAAAGGAAUUGGAUCUGGGUUGGUUGACAUGUACAAAGAAGCAUAUGAUAGUGUUGAGGUUCCAAAGUAUGUGGACACUGUUACUCCCCAGUACAAACCCAAGUUUGAAGCCUUGUUGGUGGAACUGAAAGAAGCAGAAGGGACAUCUCUGAAGGAGUCUGAAAGAUUGGAGAAAGAAAUUGCAGAAGUCCAAGAAUUGAAGAAAAAGAUAAGUACCAUGACCGCAGAUGAAUAUUUUGAGAAGCAUCCAGAGGUUAAAAAGAAGUUUGAUGACGAAAUCCGAAAUGAUUAUUGGGGCUAUUGAUUUCACCUUUGUAGCAACUCUAUGGACCACUUUUGCAGGUGAACCAUUUUCAGUUCAUCUGUAUCUGUCCUGAUUUUUCUCAAUAAAAAGGGAAGACCAAAUUGUUUUGCUUUGUGGCUGCUUUGAAGAAUUUGGAAUACAAUGUAGUUCCGGUUGAGAUGUCCUCAUCCAGCUUCUUAAUAGAGAUGACAACAUGUUAUUUUGGACAUCUAAUGAGUUGAUUUAGACCGCAUAUUGAUACGUUUUUUGUUCUCCUGUUAA